AUGUCUACAAAUAGCUGCAGCGCCUGUGGUUGCUCUAAUGGCCGUCGCUCUGAGGAAGAGGAGGCAGAGGAAGAGGAGGCAGAGGAAGAGGAGGCAGAGGAAGUGGAGGCAGAGGAAGUGAAGGAAGAGGAGGCAGAGGAAGAAAAGGAAGUGAAGGAAGAGGAGGCAGAGGAAGUGGAGGCAGAGGAAGAGGAGGCAGAGGAGGAAGAGGAAGUGAAGGAAGAGGAAGUGAAGGAAGAGGAAGUGGAGGCAGAGGAAGUGGAGGCAGAGGAAGAGGAGGAGGCAGAGGAAGUGGAGGCAGAGGAAGUGGAGGCAGAGGAAGAGGAGGCAGAGGAAGAGGAGGCAGAGGAAGUGAAGGAAGAGGAAGUGAAGGAAGAGGAAGUGGAGGCAGAGGAAGUGGAGGCAGAGGAAGAGGAGGAGGCAGAGGAAGUGGAGGCAGAGGAAGUGGAGGCAGAGGAAGAGGAGGCAGAGGAAGUGAAGGAAGAGGACGUGAAGGAAGAGGAGGCAGAGGAAGAGGAGGCAGAGGAAGAGGAGGCAGAGGAAGUGAAGGAAGAGGAAGUGAAGGAAGAGGAAGUGGAGGCAGAGGAAGUGGAGGCAGAGGAAGAGGAGGAGGCAGAGGAAGAGGAGGAGGCAGAGGAAGUGGAGGCAGAGGAAGUGGAGGCAGAGGAAGAGGAGGCAGAGGAAGAGGAGGCAGAGGAAGUGAAGGAAGAGGACGUGAAGGAAGAGGAAGUGGAGGCAGAGGAAGAGGAGGCAGAGGAAGAGGAGGAAGAGCGAGAGUGUGAGAUGUUGGCGUGCGGUGUAAUGGCUUUCUUCCUGCUCGCCGGCCUCAUCCACGAUGCGGGGGCACGCGGUGUGGCAGAGGAGUGA